GUUAUUUUUAGGUGGAAUAGCUAAUUCACAUCCGGGUUUCAAACGUAAGAGAGAGAUGACAACAAGGUAGUAAAGAAAUAAAAAUUACAACAAAGAUGGCCGCCCUGUUUAUCAACACGCAACUUCUAGUCGGUAUCCUUUUCUCGUGUGUGUGGAGUAAAGAUAUUGGCUGCAAAUUAACGCCAUUUCGGAACGAUGUGAUACAAAAUGGGUUUCUUUGGAAUUGCAGCCAUCAGAACUUGGAUUAUAUCCCUGCAAUUCCAACUUCCAGAAAUAUCACAGCAGUGGAUAUGUCACACAAUAAUCUGAGACGGAUACGGAAGGACACAUUUACAAACCUGACUCCUGAAGUAGAAAUUUUAUGGAUGAAUAAUAAUAGAAUAAAAACUAUUGAGGCAAAUGCUUUCGUGGGAUUAGAGCUAAAAGAACUUGACAUUUCGAGCUGCGAACUUGAACAUGCAUCAAUAUCCAGUGGUGCUUUCAAUAACCUUACUCAUCUCAGAAUAUUGUAUAUCAACAAUAAUUCCUUUAAAUCCUACCCGGACGAUGAAAUCUCCAAACUGGAAUCGCUGGGUAAUCUGACAAUUGAUAUAUUUCCGGGAUUUAUAUUUGGAGAAAAGUUUCUUUCGCUAAAACAACUGGGUCAUAUAAAAUUUGUACCACAAGGAUUAAUCACCCUAACGAAUUCCUCGUUUCAAGGUCUACGUAAUUCACCCAUAUUCUACUUGGAUUUAGAUUUGUUUAACCAUGUAGCUGAUUUCUGUGAGGAUCUUAGUGAGGAGCUCUUUUGUUCGUUCCCUUACCUGAAAGGAUUGUUAGUUUCAUUCGGUAUGAGCUGCAACAUAAAAAGAAUUUUACGUACCUUGAAAUGUCUUCAGGGUAAAGACUUGGAAUAUUUUCAUUCUUCAAAUAAUCACGAUGUGUACUUUGAGACAUCUGUAAUUAUUACUGAUUCUGAUGUUGAAUACCUCAGAAAUAUAUGUAUAAAGGAGCUUAUUUUGCGAAAUAAUGACAUAGAAGGGAUAAAUUUUAAGCUUCCGCUUGGAAAGUUUCAAAGUUGUCUCCAAGUCCUUGACUUGUCAUCCAACAAUAUACAGUUUUCCUCAAAUUACAGAUUGUGGAUGACACUAAUACUCUUUACGCCGAACAUAAAAGUGAUCAAGAUUUGUUGUCAAAAUGCAGAUGUUUCAAAUUCUAGAAAUCGGGGUUAUUCGACGUACAAUGAUCGAGUUUAUAAACGUCGUGUAAUGCGGAACAGAAGACGGGAUCCUUAUCAUAUUCUUCUUCCUCAGACACUAGAAUACUUAGAUAUUUCAAAUGCAGCUGAUAUCCGAACACAGGAAACAAAUAUAGUUGUUCGUGCAAUAAAUUUAAAGUUUCUGAACAUUUCUAGGACAGAAUUUGAUAUCCAGUAUAGAGCCCGCUCGACAUUUGUCAGUCUGGAUUUCCCCUCCCUAAUUGAGAUGGAUGCGUCCUAUUGCACGUUAAAUGCGAAUUUUCUGUCUUUACAGAAAUUAACAUCGCUUAAGACUUUAACAGCUAGGAAAAGUGAUGUCAUUGUUGUCUCUAGUUCUGUUAGAGAAAAUAUCUUACAUUCUCUUCAAAAUUUAAAUCAAAUUGAUAUUUCAGACAAUUAUAUAUCAAAUAUUCCACGGAACUGUUUUGUUUUCCAGAGAAAUUUAUCCAUCACAAUUUUAAUGGAUAAUAAUGACAUCAGCUCCGACGUUUUAGCGGCAUUUCAAGUUCUGUCUAAUAUAAGCAGAUUAUAUAUGCGUCAAUUUAACAACGACUGGGAUAUUGAUGACUUUAAUUUGGAGCCCUUUCAUUCACGAAUUCUGGAGAACAAAAAACCUUCCAGGAGCUAUUUAGAGAUGAAUCGUGGAGAAGAUUCCGCCUAA